CCCUAUAUAUAAAGGUUUUUUUUUCUGAACGAAACUCACAGAUCAAAAGCUCGUUUGUCUCGACUAAAAUGAAAACUCUGCUUAUAUUGUGUUUCGUGGCUGGGGCGUUAUGUGCAAACACCUGCAACAAGAAGGCAGAUAUAGCCUUUGUCAUUGAUUCCUCUAGCAGUAUUUGGCCACCAAACUUCGAUACACAGGUUCGCUUUCUCUACGAUGUCUUAGACGCAUUCGACAUUUCUCCCUCCAAAACCCAAAUUGCUGCCGUGUCAUACAGUGACGUCAUCAAACCAGACUUUCAAUUCAACACAUAUAAGACAAAAAAUGACGUCUUGAACGCUAUUCAAAAUAUCGUGUUCACUAAGGGUAGCGCAACACGAACCUACGAAGCUCUGAGGUAUAUGAAUAACGAAAUCUUUACCUCUAAAAAUGGUGCGAGAGAUGACGUCAUCAAGAUAGCAAUAGUGAUGACGGACGGCGAGACGAAUCCGGGAUCUGUGGAUUAUAUAUCGCUAGAACAAGCGAAAAAGAGGACCCUCGAUGAGGCCAAGCGAGCCAGAGACAAUGGCAUUUAUGUCUUUGCAAUAGGUGUUGGGGGUGGUGUCAUGGACGAGGAACUGUAUGGAAUUGCUAGUGAAGUUGGAGCUGUUAUGAAGGUCCCCACCUACGGAGAAUUCAAAACAGAUCAACUGCAGGAAAUGUUAGAGAAAAAAACAUGUGAAGUGGGGGAGACAACGACAUUGAGACCAGUUACCCAAGCCCAACAGUGCUACAAACACAUUGCUGAUGUGAUAUUUGCUAUCGAUCAAUCAACAAGCAUUUGGUCCCAAAAGAACUUCAGCAUUGAACUAGACUUUGUAAAUGAUAUGGUCCAGUCUUUUGACGUUGCCGCUGACGAGACUAGAAUAGGGGCUCUUGUAUUUAGCGACACAGCUAACCGCUUCCUGGAUCUGCGAGAUGGUUCUGAUAAAGAAUAUGUCAAAAAUAUUAUCCACGGUCGCAAAUGGGAAAGAGGAGACACCUAUAUUGACAAGGCCUUUCAAAAGAUGCGAGAGGGUUUUUCUCCGGCCAAAGGUGGUCGACCGGGUAUUGUCCCCCAGAUUGCAGUUUUGAUCACUGACGGCGAAGCCACUGAUUCUUACACCGCGAUGGACGAAGCGAAAGCAUUAAAGCGAGAGGGAGUCAUAAUAUUUGCAAUUGGAAUGAUGGGAGCGAAAAAAUCAGAACUGGCGAAGUACGCGAGUAGUGACGACAACGUGUUCUACGUGAACAGUCUGCAGGCCCUAAGAAGCAUUUCUGAUGAGGUUUCCACGAGAGUGUGCAGAGCAGAACAAUCAUGAAGGUUUGCCACACAGGUCUAAUAAUGAAAUGUUUUUCCAUGGAUAUGAAGACUGUGUUGCGGAGGAGAAAUGAGACAGCUUAGUUGAAAUCAAUUUCACAUUUAUGUUUCUGUUUUAUUUCAUUAAAUAUGCAAUUAC